UACAUUUUCCCUUCUCUCUCCCUUUUCUACUAUCAAUUACACUUACUCUUUUUAUUCAGUAUCAUCAACAGACUCCCUAAGAUGGCGGACACGGAACUUGACGUGGACAACUUGAUAUCUCGCCUUUUGGAGGUGCGGGGAUGUCGUCCAGGCAAGAGUGUGCCGAUGACGGAGGCUGAGGUGCGCGGACUGUGCCUCAAGUCAAGGGAGAUCUUCUUGCAGCAGCCCAUCUUGCUGGAGCUUGAAGCACCGCUCAAGAUCUGUGGGGACAUCCACGGGCAGUACACCGACCUGCUCCGUCUGUUUGAGUAUGGCAGUUUCCCACCCGAGUCCAACUAUUUGUUCCUGGGCGACUACGUGGACCGAGGCAAGCAGUCCCUGGAGACCAUCUGCCUCCUACUGGCCUACAAGAUUAAGUACCCAGAGAACUUCUUCCUCCUGCGGGGCAACCAUGAGUGUGCGUCCAUCAACAGGAUCUAUGGCUUCUUUGAUGAGUGCCGGCGAAGGUAUGGCACCAAGUUGUGGAAGACCUUUACUGACUGCUUUAACUGUCUGCCCAUCGCUGCCAUCAUUGACGAGAAAAUAUUCUGCUGCCAUGGUGGCCUGAGUCCCGACCUUCAGAGCAUGGAGCAGAUCAGGCGCAUCAUGCGGCCCACCGACGUGCCCGACACUGGCCUGCUGUGUGACCUGCUGUGGUCCGACCCCGACAAGGACGUGUCAGGCUGGGGUGAGAAUGACCGUGGUGUGUCAUUCACAUUUGGAGCAGAUGUGGUCACCAAGUUCUUGAAUCGACAUGACCUUGACCUCAUAUGUCGAGCCCACCAGGUGGUUGAGGAUGGCUACGAGUUCUUUGCCAAGAGGCAGCUGGUGACCCUCUUCUCGGCCCCCAAUUACUGCGGGGAGUUUGACAAUGCUGGCGGCAUGAUGUCCGUGGAUGAAACGCUGCUCUGCUCCUUCCAGAUCUUGAAGCCAUCUGAGAAGAAAGCCAAGUACCAAUACAGUGGCCUGACCCAGAGCAGACCAAACCUUCCCAGCAGGCAGCAGCGGCAGCAACAGCAGCAGCAGCAACAGCAGUAGUAGUGAAAGGAGUAUUUUCUCAGCAUAAAUAGGCCUACUGCAGUUGUGUGUGUGUGUGUGUGUGUGUGUGUGUGUGCGUGUUCAUGUGUGUGUGUGUGUGUGUGUGUGUGUGUGUAUGUGUGUGUGCGUGUUCAUGUGUGUGUGUGUAUGUGUGUGUGCGUGUUCAUGUGUGUGUGUUUUCCUUCAUGGCUGUGUUGCUACCUUGUGGCUCAGUGUUUCCUUCUCUUUUGCUGGAGGAUGGCAGUGACAAGUCUUGGGGAAUUAGGUUCUUGGAUGGGUGCCGGAAGGGGGAGCUGAGCAGGCUGUCAUUGACCUCCAUAUCGAGGGGAUGUAUGGUCAUGCGACGCCUGGGCGAUUCUGGGGAGGAGGUCAUAUUGGCUGUGGCUCUCUUUAGCUCAGUCAGCACCAGUGUGACCUCUGACAUGAUGGCACUUGAGGAAAGGGUCUCAUUGCCUUGCUUGUUCACUUCAGAGUCAUCAGGAGAGAAGGAGGAGGGUGAGGUGUGUGUGUGUGUGUGUGUGUCCUUAUGAGAGAGAGAGAGAAGGAGAGAGAAGAGAGCAGAGGAGAGAGAGAGAGAGAAAACCCUCUCAUCUUUCCUGUGUGUGUGUGUGUGUGUGUGUGUGUGUGUCCUCAAGCCUUCUGGGACUAAAUGAAAUCUAUGCAUUAAGCUAAGUUUAUUGUGCUGAACUGCCUUAUUAGUACCAUAUAAUGUUUGUGUACAUAGUCUGUGUGUGUGUGUGUGUGUGUGUGUGUGUGUGUGUGUGUGUGUGUGUGUGUGUGUGUGUGUGUGUUGAUACUUAUACGUUCUUAGCUGUUUGUAUUUUUGCAGGCUUGAUAACGUCCUGUAUUUGAACAGUGUUUCAUCAUACAAACCCUCAGCAGACAUGGGUGGGCAGGUGUCUGAGGAGCCCCUUGCCAGGCCACUCCUGGCUCAGACACAGCAUGUUAAAAGAAAUGUUAACACACCCAUGUCAAGAAGUCAUAGAAGAAUAAUUAUAACAUAUACAGUUAGCAAUAUAAAGAUAAAGAAGGAAUAUUUAUGGGGAAGAGUGAACGAGUGAGUGGUCAGAGAGAAGCUGGUGUGGAACUGAUGCCUUUCAGGUGAUCUUCAUGUUCUCAUGUGAUGACACUCGGAAAGACUCUGGAAUGCAACAUCAUUAUUAUCAUUAUUAUUAUUAUUAUUAUUAUUAUUAUUAUUAUUAUUAUUAUUAUUAUUAUUAUUAUUAUUAUUAUUAUUAUUAUUAUUAUUAUUAUUAUUAUAAGAUCAAGUAACAAAAAACACCUUCAAUGCAAGUUCUCAAGAUGCAAAUACAUACACACAUGAAAAAUUAUAAUAGUGACACUAAUUUUACUCAUUUUGUAAGUUAUUGGCAUUAGUUCAAGUUAUAUAACCAUACAUUGUGGAGAAGACUAAAGGAGGCACCCCAGGCAGGCAGGCAGGGGGAGAGGCACCUAGGCCGGUCCUUCUCUCUCCUCCUCACUGCCACCUUCACCACCACCACCCAUGUCCUCCCAUUACCAAACGCUUGCUAGAGGGGAAUUCAUGCAACUUCAACCAGCAAGAGAUGGCUUUAUAACAUGAUAAUUAGUAGGUCUGGCAUGUACUGAGGCAUGAGGCUGGGGAAGGGCAGUGUGUAGGUGUGGUGAGCUAUAGGGGUGUCACGCGCUCUGCCAAGGUGGUGGAUGACUGGACCUGAGCACCUGUAAUUUUUUUUGUUAGGUUCAAAACUUCCUCAUUAAAUACAAGUAUGGGAAGAGGACCAGCAGUGUUGUUAGGUGGGAAUUUACUUGCUUUGAACUUGUUAGAGAUGCGAUCUUACUGUAUUAUGAUUAUUAUUAUUAUUGUUAUUAUUAUUAUUAUUAUUAUUAUUAUUAUUAUUAUUAUUAUUAUUAUUAUUAUGAAAAUGAUUUAGAUACAGUUGCCAUUAUUAUGAUUAUUGUAAUUAUUGUCAUUAUUAUUAUCAUUAUUAUUAUUAUUAUUAUUAUUAUUAUUAUUAUGAUUGUUAUUAUUGCCGUUACUAGAAUUAGCUUAUGUACUCAUGUAAAAGUCAGUCUCAUGUAAAAGUCCUCCCCCAGAAGGGUAAAAGUACAGUUGGGACAUACUGCGAGUGGCUCAGUGCUCCUCUCUGUCUCACUGGCCCCCAAGCCUUGCGUGGAGGAGAACCAAUCACUCCGGGACACCAUGGAGGAGUGACAUCCAGGUCACCAUGUCCUCCUCAGGUUUUCCAAGGUACCCAUUUAUCCACCAACCCAAGAGGGAGGAUGAACAGUUGCGUGAGCUAUACACUGAGUGCCCAGGCUGGUAUUCAAACCCAGGCCUGUGGAUUCAUAGCUCAGCAUGCUCACUGCUGCACCACUGAGAUGUCAUUUAAUUUUUUUUAUUUUUUACAUCAAAGGAAGCAGUUCAAGGGCAAAAAAAAAGAAACCAUAAUGGAAGAAAAAUAAAGCCUGCUAAUCACUGCCCCAAUAAAAGAGUUAGAAGAGUGGCCUAAAGAGGUGUCUGACAUGUCUGAUUGAGGAGUACAUUCUAUCCUCUAGAAAAAAAAGCAGCCAUGUAAAAGUUGACCCUGAAAAAUUGUCAAUAGAGAUCAAUUUUUAUGAGUAUAAUAGGUAAUAUUACAAUUUUUUUUAUUAUAUUAUUAUUAUUAUCAUUAUUAUUAUCACUUAUUAUGUUACUAUUAUUAUAUAUUUAUUAUUUCAAUGUUGAUCUUUUAAAUGCUAUUAUACUGGGAACAUUGAGAACUGUCCAUUUCUUCUCUGUUUAUCUCUCUCUCUUGGUUGAUCCUUGCCUGCCUUUCAGCCUGUCUCUGUUUGUUUCUCUCUGCCUCAUCACUGUCAGGUCUGAUUGACAGAUUGUUCGCUUGGUAAAGUACACGCAUAUGCAAUUUUUAUUUGGUUAACUACACAUAUUUGCAAUUUUUAUUUUGUAAGGUACAGAUGCAUGCAAUAUUUAUUUGGUAAAGUACACACAUGCAAUUUACGAAGGCUAACAAUAUGAGUCACUUUGCAUGUAACGUGCAGUAACUUUAGAGGCAAUCUGCAACAAAUUCAACAUCCAUUUUGACACAAAGUCGAAGGAAAAUUGUUCCCAGCAGUAUUAUUGUGGUAUUUGUGCAGGGCAGUGAGGAGGAACAUUUCAAGGGAUCACAUGUAGGGUCUGUAUUUUUUUUUUUUUUUUUUUUUUUUUUUUUUAAGUGAGCUUUAUCAUCAAUUCACCCACUACUUAGCAAGCCUCUCUCUCUCUCUCUCUCUCUCUCUCUCUCUCUCUCUCUCUCUCUCUCUCUCUCUCUCUCUCUCUCUCUCUCUCUCUCUCUCUCUCUCUUCUCUUUUUCUCUCUUUCUCUCUGGACUUGCAAUGCAGGAGUGUGGUUUUUAAUAUAUGAAAGUCAUGUGGAAUAAAUUUUCUUGCUAAUAUUUGUUUGUAAGUGGCUCCACAGUGUCACUCUUUACUUUCCUUCCUUUCCCGUUCCUUUCUCCGACUGUUUUCUUUCUUUCCACUUCCCUCUCUUGGAAGUGUUAUAGGUAGAGAGUUAGUUAUAGUUCUGUAUGCUUUUUGUGAUUUUAGUUUCCCAUAGAUGAUGAUUCUACGAUGCCAAGUAUUCAGUUCUCAUCCAUGUAGUCCAGUUAGUAACAAUAAAGCAUUACACUGUA